AUGACGAGACCGCCGGGACGUCGUCGAUUUCUAGGUUAUGUACGAGAGGCUACAGAGUAUGCGGCCUCUCCUUAUCACCAGCCGAGAGCCCGAACAAAGCGCUCCAAGUUCCUGACAGGCGCAGAACGUACCAAGAGCUACUAUGGGAACAUUCUUAGCGACGAGGAAAUCAGCCGAGCCGGCGCCGAAUUAAGAAUUUACCAGCGGAACAACACCCUGUCCCAGCUACUCGAACGCUACGGUGCCCUGAUCGAGCAUUACAAGUGGCUCAAGAGCGACUAUGAAGUGGAGCGGGAGGCGAGGGAGCGGUACAAGCAGAUAGCAAAGGGUCAGGACCGGAACCCCUUCGCCCUGGUGCUAAUCGAUGGCGACGGCUACGUCUUCAAGCAAAAUGUGGAAAAAAUCAACCCAGAUGCCGGUCGAGUCUCUGCCCAGCUGCUCCACGACUGCGUCCGGGAGAGCCUUCGCCGAAAGGGACUGGAGCACUGCGCGAUAAUGGUGCGGAUAUACGCAAACGUGGGCGGCCUGUCAAAGAUUCUCAGCAAGACUGGGGUGGCAGGCAUGGAGACCCGUGCAUUGUUGAGUCACUUUGUUGCAAACUUCAACAAGUCGUACGGUCUCUUCGACUUUGUCGAUGCGGGCCCGCUAAAGGAGAACGCUGAUUUUAAGGUCCGAGCCAUGUUGAAGCUCCACGCCGAAAACCCCCAGUGCAAACACAUAUACUUUGCAGGCUGCCAUGAUGUCGGCUACAUUUCAGAACUUACUUCCUUUGUCGGAAAGAAGGAUCUCUUUACGCUGCUUAAAGCCCCUGGAAUCUACUUUCAUGAUGAAUAUACAAAGUUAGAUCUCGGAGUGGAAGAGCUCUAUGACGUCUUCAGGCCUACGUUGCUCCAAAUCCCCGAGCAAUCUGCUUCUGUCCGGGGUGUGGCUGCUGGCGUAUCUUUCUCCCAAACCGAAACCUCACCUAUGGCUGAAGUCGCUUCAAAAAUUGUAAAAGCGCCAUGGCCAGAUCAAAGUAAAAAAAGCACGACUUCCAACACUAGGAAACUAGCCUCUGCGCGUCAAAGAGCCAAAGAGCUCCCAAAAUCACUUUCCGACUUCGUGGUCUGCAGAGAUUACCUCAAUGGAUACUGUCGCUUUGGCGAAAGGUGCAGAAACUUGCACAUAGACCUCCCAUUAGACAGUACCGGCCAGGCAGAGUGGCCAGACCCGCCGAGUCACAUUACCUCGCCCGAGGAGUUAAGGAACCUGCUAAACAAAGAAGAUAGUCCCCCGGGCCACGUGGCCGUCAAUGAGGCGGGCUCCCGUCUCGAUCCUUACAUGUCUCCGUCUAAUGUGCAGGCGGUGGUCGAAGUCACCAAGUCGCAGGAAAGUAGAGUAAGCGAAGUUUUCCACCUGACGCCCAAAGGGGGGGACGAUGACAAAAACAACCAGUCACGUGGUUCUUGCAGUGGCAGCACCAGCGAGUAA